AUGUCCUCCUCAGCCCACUUCCCAAACCCUGAAAACUUCGAGCUGCAGUCUCGUGAUCUCAUCUCCUGGCUCCAUGUCUGCCCAGGAGUGAGAAUCAAUCCCAAGAUCAAUCUAGCUGAUCUAAGAUCAAAGGGCGCAGGACGAGGACUCGUUGCCGGAGCCAACAUAGCCGAGGGUGAGGAAUUAUUUUCUAUCCCGCGCUCCAUAAUUCUCUCUGUGGAGAACUCGGGGUUGAAGAGUCUGCUUCUCCAAAAUGAACUUGAAGCACUCGGGCCAUGGCUGUCCCUGAUGCUGGUUAUGAUUUAUGAAUAUUCCCAAGAUGCAGCAUCAAAUUGGAAGCUCUAUUUAUCCAUGAUGCCUAAUCGGUUCGACACACUGAUGUUUUGGUCACCGGACGAGUUACGUGAAUUACAGGCUAGUGCCAUUGUCGAUAAGAUCGGCAAGCAAAGCGCCGAUGAGUCAAUCUUGCAGAAGAUUUUGCCUAUUGUCAGGGCUAACCCGCAACUAUUUCCUGCGAUCAAAGGGCCUGCCGAUUAUGCGGGUGAUGCUGGUGCGGUUGCCUUACUUCAAUUAGCUCAUGGAAUGGGGUCUUUGAUCAUGGCUUAUGCCUUCGACAUUGAAAAGGUUGAAGAUGAUGAGGGUGAUGAUGAGGGCGAGAAUGAAGAUGAGAACUAUGAGACCGACGACGAAGACGAACAGCUUCCCAAGGGCAUGGUUCCUCUUGCCGAUCUCCUCAACGCCGAUGCUGAUCGAAACAAUGCCCGCCUCUACCAGGAAGGUGAUUCUUUUGUUAUGAAGGCUAUCAAACAUGUUCAACAAGGCGAGGAGAUAUUUAACGACUACGGUGAAAUCCCUCGUGCGGAUCUCCUCCGUCGGUAUGGCUACGUCACCGACAAUUACGCGCAAUUCGACGUUAUUGAGCUGUCUAUACGUGAUGUUUGCCAAGUAGCCGGUCUUCAGGAUGAUCACGGCCAACCAAGGCUUGAUCUUCUUGAAAAACACGACGUAUUGGAAGAUGGAUAUGUGAUCCCCAGACCAUUGGCCAAUGCCACCUUGGAAAAUAUCAUUCCUGCCGAACUUGUUCUGCUUCUUACUGUUUUGACACAAACUCCCGAAGAUUUUGAAGAGCGCCGCGCCAAAAACAAGCUGCCUAAGCGAGUUGCUUUGGACGUCAACCAGGCCGGUCUUCUGUACAAAGUUCUGCAGGUAAAGCAAGCUCAAUACGGCACUUCUAUCGCCCAUGAUAUUCACCUACUGUCCGGCCUCCUCCCUCCAAAUGCCCCCGAAGCCCUUGAGGGAACACCUCGGCGACUCAAGAUGGCUCUCCAAGUCCGUAUCGGCGAAAAGGAGGUCUUGCAGGCUAUCAUGUCCAUGCUUGAACCCCUGAUUGGCAACUCCUCCAAACGUGCCAAUGAUGACAGUGAGGACUCCAGACCGUCAAAGACAUCGCGGGCAUGA